AUGAAAUGAUCCGGUAGUUAGUCCAUGUAGGCGGUGUGUGAGUCACUCCUUCGAUGUUAGUGCCGUAGAAAGAUCGCACCCGUAAAGAAUUCCCACCUGCCUUAAGAUUAUACAAUAUCGCAAAAAUGAUGGGAUCUGGACAACCAAUAAUUGUUCUGAAUCAGAACACUAAAAGGGAAAGUGGUAGGAAAGUUCAGCUUCAAAAUAUAAAUGCCGGAAAGAUGAUAGCAGAUGUGAUACGUACAUGCCUUGGCCCUCGAUCAAUGUUGAAAAUGUUGAUGGAUCCUAUGGGCGGUAUUGUAAUGACAAAUGAUGGGAAUGCAAUCCUCCGAGAAAUUACUGUUCAGCAUCCAGCUGCCAAACACAUGAUUGAGAUUGCCCGUACCCAAGAUGAGGAGGUUGGUGAUGGUACCACAAGUGUUGUCAUUCUAGCUGGAGAAAUGCUUGCAGUAGCUGAACAGUUUUUACAGCACAAAAUGCAUCCUGUUGUUAUUAUUCAAGCUUACAGGCAAGCAUUAGAAGAUGCUAUCUGUGCUCUUGAAGAUCAGCUCAGUGUUCCGGUUGACCUAGACUGUGAAGAAAAAAUGGUUGAAGUAAUCAAGUCUUGUAUUGGUACCAAGUUUAUGGGACAGUAUGCAGACUUAGCAUGCUCUAUUGCCCUUAAAGCAGUAAGGACGAUUACAACUGAAUCUGAUGGGCGCAAAGAGAUAGAUGUGAAGAAAUGGGCAAGGAUUGAAAAAAUUCCAGGUGGAACUAUUGAGGAGUGUCAAGUACUGGACGGUAUAAUGGUUAACAAAGAUGUCACACACGCCAAGAUGAAACGUCGUAUUGAAAACCCAAGGAUAAUAUUAUUAGACUGUCCAUUGGAGUAUAAAAAAGGGGAAUCUCAGACAGAUGUUGAACUUACUGCAGAAACAGAUUUCACAAAGAUGUUAGAAAUGGAGGAAGAACACAUCAAAUCAAUGUGUGCAGAUCUGAUCGCUCUCAGCCCAGACUUGAUCAUCACAGAAAAAGGUGUUUCAGAUCUUGCUCAGCAUUUUCUUCUCAAGGCAGGAAUCACUUGCUUGAGAAGAAUUAAGAAAUCAGAUAAUAACAGACUCGCGAAAGCCUGUGGAGCAACGAUCGUUAAUCGCACAGAGGAGCUCAAGGAAGAAGAUUUAGGAACUGGUGCAGGACUUUUUGAAGUGGAAAAGAUAGGGGAUGAGUAUUUCACGUUUAUAACAGAAUGCAAAGACCCAAAAGCCUGUACAAUCCUUUUGCGUGGGCCUAGCAAAGACAUCCUCAAUGAGGUCGAACGGAAUUUACAUGAUGCUCUUGGAGUUGCACGUAACCUUGUGGUGGAGCCCAAGCUUGUUCUUGGAGGUGGUGCAGUGGAAAUGGCACUCUCUCACAUACUUCAAGAAAAGGCUAAAUCUGUCUCUGGUGUAAAGCAGUGGCCUUAUUCUGCUCUUGGACAAGCUUUAGAGGUUAUCCCAAGAACUCUUGCACAAAACUGUGGUGCAAACAUCAUCAGGCUGUUAACAAACUUACGUGCAAAGCAUGCCAAUGGCGAGACUUUCUGGGGUGUAGAUGGAGAGAGUGGAGAAAUGACAGACAUGAGAAACCUCAAGAUUUGGGAACCACUGUCUGUGAAGCUUCAAGUUUACAAAACUGCUGUUGAGACGGCUGUGUUGCUGCUUCGCAUUGAUGACAUCGUUUCUGGCUCUAAAAAGAACAAAGGGGAUGCUAAUUCAAAGGAAAUGCCUGAUGCUGGUCCAAUGGAUUAAUUUACCUAAUACAUAUUUGCUUUUUGUAGAAACCCAAGAGACUUUGGCUAUGUAAUUUAUGGCAAUUAUCCUCGGCUUAGUAAUUUUGUUGAAGUACGAAUGAUUCUAUUAUUAUUGACAUUCCCUCUAUACUUUAAGAUGCAAUGCUAACAACUUUUAGUUUUUUACACUAAGUGAAUAUUUACUUGAAAUAAAAACUUCUCAUGCUUAGA